UUUGUUUUUGUUGCUGCAGCGAAAAGUGAGCGGCUCGAGUUAAACAUUUAAUCGUAGCGGUAAAUGCAAGUGCAGUUGGAAACUAAAUUCAAUAAAAAUUCAGCGAUCUUCGGUUUUGCAUUCGCUUGGUCUUCCCUGGAAGUUACCCAAAAUCACUAAAUCUGUGUUCAAUGAGUGCCCAAAUCAUCGACUCGACGAAUAAAAGCGAAAAGGAGGUGAGCGAACAAAGCUCUUGCCGCCAAACGAGCAGCUGACGAAUUCGUGGGAAUAAACGUGCGCAAUUAUCGCCGGAUAAUAGUCGGACUUGCGUUUUGUGUCACUGGAAGUGGAAGUGCCGCCUGUACGCCCAGUUUUAAUUUGACAUUCGGACUCUCCUUUGUGCUUCGUUUCGGUCCCGUUCCGUUAGUUUUAGCUUUUCGUGUUCUUCUCUGCUCCUUCUUCGCGUGCUUCGUGUUUUUGGUUAUUGUCUCGCGGCGGAUCGGUGGUUAAGAUCCUUUUGGUGGAUCAGCAUUCGGUGGUGCGAUCACCUGGUCAGCGGACUGGACUCCACCGUGUUUAUAUAUUUUAUUUGCCAAGCCCCUCGACUCCGUUGUCGUCCUGCCUGGCUUCUUUUUUAAAACGUGUCUAAAUUAUCAAAGUGUAUAAAUCACAAAACACAUUUUGUACGUUUUACGUUUAAAUUGGAUAAGAAAUUAAACGGAUAACAAAAAUUAACCCAAGAGAGCAAGUUGCUGCCUUCUCACUGAUUUGUAAGUUUGUUGUUUGUGGUUGAUCUGAAGGGCAACUCAUUUGUUAACAUGAGUCAAGCUGUAAGUUUGCACUACGACGAAAAAGAAAACGUAGCGACCAUGAUGUCCUGCCCCCUUCCCAUGCAAUUACCGAUACCGAUUCCUUCUAUACACAAAUCAGAAUUUGCACCGGUUCACAUUGGAGUCAAGCAAAUGCAAUUGUUGCACGCACCGCCGUCCACGCAUCCGCAUCCACAUCCGCAUCAACAUCCGCAGCACCCGGCAGCAGCCGCAGCCGCUUAUCAGGCCAUGCAGGUGCAUCAGCAUCAGCAGCAGCAACACCAGCAUCAGCAGCAGCAGCAGCACCAGCAGCAGGCGGCAGUUUUCCACCAGGCGCAAGUUCAGCACCAGCAGCAACUGCAGCAGCAGUUCCACUACCAAGCCCAGGCCCAAGCUCAGGCUCAAGCUCAAGCCCAGGCGCAGGCCAUGCUGCAGACCUACAUGCAGCUGCAGGUGAACAGUGCCGUGGGCGUGGGCGUGGCCGCCUCCCCCGCCACGCCGACCAAGCCCGCAGGCGCCCAGAUUCCGGGUGCGAUCGCCGGACCGAUUGCGGGUCCGGUGCCCGUUUCGGUGCCGACGCAGUUCUUCGCAGCGCCGAGCACUCCGCUGACCAUCAUUCCGGCGGUGGCCUCGUCGGCCAUGUUCGCCACUGCGGCCACGCCCACUUCGGCGGCCACCACUCCGACCAACAAUGUAAAUAAUACAGUUAAUCUAUCAGCCGUAACUAGAACUACUACCACUACUACUAAGAAGCAGCCGCCCGCAGCAGCGAAUGCAGUCCUGAGCGCUGGCGGUGGUGUUGCAGUGGGUGGUGUCUCAGUGGGCGGUGGUGCUGGGCCCAUGGCCUCGCUGCUGGGGCCAGCACCGCUGCCACUGCCCCUCACGCUGCCCCAUCACCUGCCACUGGCCAGCGUUCGGGGCUGCAGCAGCGCCAGCAGCGGCUGCAGUUCUGCAUCUUCUGAUUGUUCUAUGCCAUCGCCAACUUCACUACACUUAUCUUCUCCUAAAAAGCGCGGAAGCGACGAACUUUUGAGUCAAGCAGCAGUCAUGGCGCCCGCCUCCGACAAUAACAAUCAGGACCUGGCCACAAAGAAGGCCAAGCUGGAGCCGGGAACCGUGCUGGCCGGCGGAAUUGCCAAGGCCUCCAAAGUCAUCCAUUUGCGCAACAUUCCAAACGAGUCCGGCGAGUCGGAUGUGAUUGCCCUGGGCAUUCCGUUCGGACGCGUGACCAACGUGCUGGUGCUCAAGGGCAAGAACCAGGCGUUCAUCGAGAUGGCCGACGAGAUCUCCGCCACGUCAAUGGUGUCCUGCUACACAGUCAAUCCGCCCCAAAUGCGCGGCCGCAUGGUCUACGUGCAAUUCUCCAAUCAUCGCGAGCUGAAGACCGACCAGAGUCACAACAACUCGGUUGUCCAGAGCGACUACCGUAUCCAGUCCCCGGCGGGAGGAUCGCCCCUGCCCCUCUGCGCCGCUUCCAACGCGACCAGCAACAAUGCCAACAGCUCCGGCGACAGCAACAGCAGUGCCGUGGGCAUUUUGCAGAACAACACGAGCGCCGUGAACGCGGCCGGCAACAACACGAAUUCCGCCGGCGGACCCAACACGGUGCUGCGCGUGAUCGUCGAGUCGCUGAUGUACCCCGUCUCGCUGGACAUUCUGCACCAGAUCUUCCAGCGCUACGGCAAGGUGCUGAAGAUCGUCACCUUCACCAAGAACAAUUCAUUCCAGGCCCUCAUCCAGUAUCCGGACGCCAACUCCGCCCAGCAUGCCAAGUCGCUCCUUGACGGGCAGAACAUAUACAACGGCUGCUGCACACUGCGCAUCGACAACAGCAAGCUGACGGCGCUGAAUGUGAAGUACAACAACGACAAGUCGCGCGACUUCACGAACCCCGCGCUGCCACCUGGUGAACCGGGGGUGGACCUAAUGCCCACCGCCGGCGGACUGAUGAACACCAACGAUCUGCUACUGAUCGCCGCCCGGCAGCGGCCUUCUCUCACAGGUGAUAAAAUAGUCAACGGCCUGGGCGCUCCGGGAGUUCUUCCUCCCUUUGCCUUGGGCCUUGGCACUCCCCUCACCGGCGGCUACAGCAACGCCCUGCCCAACUUGGCCGCUUUCUCGCUGGCCAACAGCGGCGCCCUGCAGACCGCCGCUCCCGCCAUGCGAGGCUACUCGAAUGUUCUGCUUGUCUCGAAUUUAAAUGAGGAGAUGGUCACGCCUGAUGCUCUCUUUACCCUCUUUGGUGUAUAUGGCGAUGUGCAACGUGUAAAGAUCCUGUACAACAAGAAGGACUCGGCGCUCAUACAGAUGGCGGAGCCCCAGCAAGCUUAUUUGGCCAUGUCUCACCUUGAUAAAUUACGUUUAUGGGGCAAGCCGAUACGUGUGAUGGCCAGCAAACACCAGGCCGUGCAGCUGCCCAAGGAGGGCCAGCCGGACGCCGGACUCACACGUGACUACUCGCAGAACCCGCUGCACCGCUUCAAGAAGCCGGGCAGCAAGAACUACCAGAACAUCUAUCCGCCGUCGGCGACACUGCAUUUAAGUAACAUUCCCUCGUCCUGCUCUGAGGAUGACAUCAAAGAAGCCUUCACCUCAAACAGCUUCGAAGUCAAAGCAUUCAAAUUUUUCCCGAAGGACCGCAAAAUGGCGCUGCUGCAGCUGUCGUCCGUGGAGGAGGCCGUAUUGGCGCUGAUCAAGAUGCACAACCACCAGCUGUCCGAGUCGAACCAUCUGCGCGUGAGCUUCUCCAAGUCGAACAUCUAGAAUCCGAUCCGAAGUCAGGUUUACUGAACCUGACUGGGUGCCUCCGGCGGCUACAGCUACAUGCAGAUGCACCAGCAGCAACACCUACAGGUCUAUUGGCAGCAACAAA